GCCCCGGCGGCGCGGGGGGCCUCCGGAUCGGCAGGAUGUACCCCCAGGGGAGGCACCCGACCCCGCUUCAGUCUGGCCAGCCCUUCAAGUUCUCGAUCUUGGAGAUCUGCGACCGCAUCAAAGAGGAAUUUCAGUUUCUUCAGGCUCAGUACCACAGCCUCAAGCUGGAAUGUGAGAAGCUGGCCAGUGAGAAGACAGAAAUGCAGCGACAUUAUGUCAUGUACUAUGAGAUGUCCUACGGGCUCAACAUUGAAAUGCACAAACAGGCUGAGAUCGUGAAACGCCUCAGUGGUAUCUGUGCUCAGAUUAUCCCCUUCCUGACCCAGGAGGUGAGUGGGCCCUGCUGGGGCAGAGGGGAGCUGGAGGCUUGGAGGAGGGUGGCCGGCUCAGAGUGGUGGGCACUGGUUCCACUGGGUGGCCCGGGGGGAGGGGGGCACUGGGCUGGAGCAGGGGGCUUCAGGGACCGAGGGGGCUGGUGGCUGAGG